AUGAUUUCUUCAGCUCUAAAAAGAGGGUAUAAAGCAUGGAGAGUCUAUGAUACCAGCUUGAUUGUUCUCAAUAAAUAUUACAGCUGCAAAGUUAGGGUUGAAACCUCUCCAGCACAAUUGGUCAAGGUCUUUGGACCACCUUCAUUUUGGGACAAAAUGGAAGGAACAACAGGUUAUUACGACUUUGAAGAUGAAUACCUCGAUCUUUUUAAGCUAGCCGACAAAUAUGAAUGCAAAGAAACAAUAAACUUCAGCCAAUUGAAGAGAGGUGAUAAGGGUCCAUACCAUUAUUAUUAAGAUUUUUAAAAGCUUAUGGUCAGAUAUUUGAGGGCCUUAUUCCCUUCUAUAUCGCUCCAUAGCUUAUUGUCAGUUUUGCACGGCCUUGCACAGUGCUACUCUUCUGGCGAUGGUUUGAGCUUCUAUUGAAAGUCAGAAGGUGUAUAUCACCUUGCCGCAUGCCAAUAUAGGUUGCUUUUAUUAAAAAUUAAAAAGUCGAAAUUUCUGGUCUGCUGUUAGUUUAAUGGGAAACUGAAGGCAAUACCUGGCAUCAUACUGACUAUACAACUUCUGUAAGCGAACAAAAUAAUUUUGUUCGCAAACACACAAGACAGUAAAUUCUUUUUAAUAUAUUUUAUAUUUAUAGUAUUUUUUUUUAAAAUUAAAAAACCCAAAUUGUAAAAUAUUGGAAGGCAAAAAUUAAUUUAAUUUUGUAAAGUUUUAUGUUUUAAAAUGCAAGCUGUUUAAAAUUCAGCAGAAUAAGCUAGAGAUUUCAUGAUAAUAUUUAUCACUUAUAUGUUAAAAAUAUAACGUUAUAAAAAAAAAAUUUUUAUAUAAAAGAUUUUUUGUUCUCUCAAGAGCGGGUUUAACCAAAAAAUAGUCACAGAAGGGGGAGUGAUUAAAUUUCCCAAUUCGCCAAGAAACAUCUCUGGCAUUACUGGAAGGACCCUUUUCAAUUUCAUGUUUUAUUUUCCCAUUGAAAAGUCUGACUGAUCAGCUCAUAAGUGAUGCCCACUAGCAAGUAAAGCCUGCUCGCGUACACUUACCGACACAGGACUCCUUUCUCAAGGUCCCCACCUCUUUCUUGCCACUAGAUAAAGCCUUAUGCCAAUUUAUCAGCCAUUUUAAUGAAUAUAAUAAAAAUCCAUACCAUUUUAAGAGGAAAGACAGGGCCAUUCCCAACAAUUGACGAAUUUUGGAAAUCAAAUACCAAAUACAAAUUCUGGCUAUAUGCAAACCAAUAUGCGGAUAGCAAAAGUAUGGCUGAAUGGAUAAAUAAUAAGCUUGCAGAAGACGUUGACAUCAAAAAAAAAGUAGAAGAUCUGUAUGGGCCAAUUGAAAAUUUUAAAAAUUAUGACAAAGAUUAUGAGCUGGAUAAGGAAUAUGCGAUAUUCAAGUAUAACAGAUUGAAUUGGGAGAAAUAA